AUGGAACUGACCGGAGAGCAGCUGAAAAUUGCUGAGACCCAGCUGAAAAGAUAUUUACCGCGAUCACUGCAGUACAGUUGUUUCAUUUUUACGGUUUACGGUCAUUUGGUCCUCAUAAACAGAGUCAGGUCAGACCCUGUAAAGGUUGUAGUGGACAAAUGGCCAGACUUCACUGUCCUCGUCUGCAAACCACAGCAUGAGCAGAAAGGGGAUCUCUUCAAAGACACACUGGUUUUUGCAAAGGAUGAUGCCAUUCUAGAGAAAACCAUAUGGAAGUCCUCUGUUCUUGAUUGGACCAGGUACUUUUGUCUUGGAAUCAACCUUCACCACAUGGAGAUAUGCACAGCAGUGGCAUCAGAAAAAAAUGUCAACAAACUGGCAGUGUGUCACAUGGUGAUGUUAGAGGAUGUAUCCAAGCUUCCCUCUAUAGACAGCUCAGGGAUCUCCCUCGGCUCUCUGGAUGAAUCCCACAUUUGCUUGGUGAGUCAGACUUGGAAGUUUGGAGAGGACAAGGUGGCUGCUAGGAUGAUCUGCAACAUGAUUGCAAACCUCCCCUCCCUGCUGUUCACUCUGCCAGAGCACAGAGGGAAAGGCUACGCCAAAGUCCUGGUCAGUACCAUGGCCAAGAGACUCCACACUCAGGUCUAUCCCGUGUACUGCUUCAUAAAGGAGGAGAACGUGGUCUCCUACAGCCUUUUUAAAUACUUGGGCUUUACUGAAGAUCCUUCAUACAGAAAAGCCUGGGUAGGAUUUAAAGAUUUUUUAGGUAUUUAAAAGAA